AUGAAAGCCGCUUGGCUGGUGGCAUUCGCACAGUUGGCACUAGCAUUCGGCAUACAACCAGAGGAUUAUGCCGCACAUAUUCUGGAACAUGUGCGACCACAAGCAUCCGAAGCAAUACAGCAACAGGCAGCACUGGAAGUUAUCGCACGGAUCGUACCACAGCAGCAGGCGCAGCAGUUUCAUGUCCAAAUCGACAGUUCUAUGAAAAGAAAUUCGUUUCAUAUGUUUAAAGGUGAAGGAGCGACCGAUCCGUCCGUGGUGCAGAUCACUGCAUCCAGUGGUGCUGCUGCAACUAAAGCAUUCUAUCACUACCUGCGAUACUGGUGCCGUGUGUUAGUAGCUUGGGAAGGUACUCAACUGGAUCUACCGUCGGAACUUCCAGACGUUAAUGUGACCAUUACAGCUCCAAGCAGUAUUGUGUACUAUCAGAACGUUUGUACCUGGUCGUACUCGUUCACAUGGUGGAGUUGGUCACAGUGGCGAAAACAUAUCGAUUGGAUGGCGAUGCAGGGUAUAACGCUCAGUUUGGCCCCAUUCCAGGAAGAUCUUUGGACGGAAGUGUAUCUCACGUACAAUCUUACCCGCGCACAAAUUGACGAUCAUCUGUCCGGUCCCGGAUUUUUCGCCUGGCAGCGCAUGGGCAAUAUCCGUGGUUGGGGAGGCCCACUGAUGGCCAGCUUUUCCCAGUUUUCCCACACCCUGCAGGUACGCGUAGUGUCCGAGAUGCGUAGGCUUGGGAUGGCUGUGGCACUGCCUGCCUUUGCCGGCCAUCUACCGGUGCAGUUCCGAACCCUGUACCCCAACGUAUCGUUCGCAAAUGUAUCCGUGUGGAAUAACUUCCCACCGCAGUAUGCUAGUCCGCUGUUUGUGGACCCAACUGAGUCGCUGUUUGCGGAUAUAGGAUCACGUUUUCUACAGCGUGCCAUCGCUACAUACGGCACCGAUCACGUUUACUUCAGUGAUCCGUUUAACGAAAUCAAUCCCGCCCUGCCGACCGUUAGGUACCUGUCGAGUGUGUCCGAAGCUAUUUACAGCACCAUGACACAGGUUGAUCCGGACGCUAUUUGGUUACUGCAAGGAUGGAUGUUUGUGAAAAAUCCGUUCUGGAGCGAUCGUGCCAUUCGGGCGUUUCUGUCGGCCGUACCGCUCGGCCGUAUGCUUGUGCUCGAUUUACAGUCGGAACAGUAUCCGCAGUACGUACGGACGGCAUCCUAUGCAGGCCAACCGUUUAUCUGGUGUAUGUUGAGCAACUUUGGCGGAACGCUCGGAAUGCUCGGUUCGGUCGAAAAUGUCCAUCGAGGAAUUCGCGAGGCGAGAAAUAAUGCGUCGUAUACACUGCUCGGUACCGGCAUCACUCCCGAAGGAAUCAACCAAAACUACGCACUGUAUGAGUUUGCGCUCGAGAUGGGCUGGAACGCCGAUCUGGACAGCACGGAAAAGUGGUUCAGUGAGUAUGCUAGUGCACGUUAUGGAAAUGUAAGUGCAGCUGGCCUGGACAAAGCGCAACAGGCGUGGGACAUCUUUCGCAGCACUGUUUAUGCGUUCGAGGGUCUGGAGCUGAUGCGCGGGAAGUACACCUUUAACCGUCGUCCAAGUUCCAAAUUAAAACCAUGGGCAUGGUACAACGUGUCCACUUUCAAUCGAGGCCUGGAACAGCUUCUCUCCUUUGCAGAAGAAUCACCUUGCAACGAACUGUGCCAAUACGAUAUCGUAGAUGCAACCCGCCAGUGUCUUCAACACACAGCUGACGCCCUUUAUCUUGCACUGAUGGACAGCUUUAAAAAGCGCAAUCUUAUCCAGUUUCGUAAACACUCCACACUAUUUCUUCAGCUGCUGGCCGAUCUAGAUCAGUUGUUGCUAACUGACGUACAUUUCCUGCUAGGACCGUGGCUCGAAUCAGCUAAAGCGCAUGGGGAAUCGAGCCUCGAACGGCACAAGUACGAGUACAACGCACGCAUACAAAUCACUCUCUGGGGUCCACAGGGACAGAUUAUAGACUAUGCCAACAAGCAGUGGGCCGGCAUGGUGCAAGAUUUCUUCCUCGCGCGGUGGCGUGUUUUUCUCACCGAAUUGGAUCAAGUGCUCGUAACGAACGGGACGAUAAAUGAUCUGAAGAUACGCGAUAAAAUAUUUCGCACCGUUGAGUUGCCUUUCGUGUCGGACAGGAAACGUUAUACCAUCCAACCGAUGGGAGAUGCAAUCCGAACGGCAAGGAUACUGUACGAACGGUGGACAAAAGAUGUGCCACCGUUAAAAGGAUUGCCUUAUAAGCCUUCGCGUCGUAAGUCUGACAAACAACGACGAAAUAAAUGGUUCCUCUGA